AUAAUAAUAAAGAAAAUAAAGAUGGAUUAAUCAAUCGAGUCGAGAGUUUCGUUAACGAACAUUCAUUCAAUUAGUGUUGCGGUCGUCAACCGUUAUUGUUUAGGCUAUUUAGAAAUAAUAUCAUUGUAAAAUGAGGCUGUCAGAUAUUCUGUUCAGAGGAUUCAAAAUACCUGGUGCUCGGUUCAGAGGGAAAACCAGAAUGGUGAAAAAAGUAACACCAUUAGCAAUGAAUGACCUGCGGAACGACUACAGACUAGAGGAGCAGAAUAUGUUGUAUCUAAGACAUCCGUUCCUUACCUUGGAGCAGUCAAAGCUACUGAAAGAACACCUAAAACAGCAACAUGUCCCUGCAGUCAUAAACUCAAUCGCUGAGAGGAACGAAAAAUAUGCUAAGAAAUCUUUGAGGAUCGUCGAUUAUUUGAAACACCUGAACAAAUCGACCGACUGGGAUGUAAUAAAAUGAAUUCACUUUGUAUUUGUUUGAUGCAAUGUAGAGCCAGCAAAAUGUACAAUAGAUUUACUACAGAGAAUAAAUUCUUAUUGUUAUGAAACAA